AUGGAGGACGAGAAACAAGUCAACAAUGAGGGUAUGAAUGAUAUUUCACCGGAGCUGGACGUUAAUGGCACGAUAUUAAUAAAUAAUGAAGACUUUUUCCAGUGGUCUGUUAAUGAUGUAAUCACUUGGUGUAUAUCCACGCUGGAGGUGGAAGAAACCGAUCAAUUAUGCCAGAAACUACGAGAAAAUGAUAUUGUAGGGGACCUUUUGCCGGAAUUGUCCUUAGAGGAUUGCCAAGAAUUGUGUGAAGGGAAUCUGAAUAAGGCUAUAAAAUUCAAAAUACUGAUCAAUAAGCUAAGGGUCACUAAAUUAGAGUGGAAGGACGAGAAGACUCAAGAGGAUAUGGUAACGGUGUUGAGAAACUUGUACACCACUACAUCUGCUAAAUUGCAAGAAUUUCAAUCGCAGUACACGAGGUUGAGGAUGGACGUCUUGGAGAUAAUGAAAACUAGCUCGAACUCUUCGCCCAUCAAUACGCAUGGGCCUUCCAAUACAGCGCCUUCGUCCAACAACACAAUCAUACCUACAAACGACGGUGUGACUCUUCCACAAACAGACUAUUUCGAUACAGUGCAUCACCGACAAUCGCCGUCGAGAAGAGAAUCACCGGUGACGGUAUUUAGGCAGCCUAGUCUCUCUCGUUCAAAAUCUUUGCUCAAGGAUAGCAAGAACAAAGUACCACAAAUAUCGACAAACCAAACUCAUCCAUCUUCAACCUCAACAGCAAAUACACCGGGACCGUCACCUAACGAGGCAUUAAAGCAGUUGCGUGCGUCUAAAGAGGACUCAUGCGAAAGAAUCUUGAAGAAUGCAAUGAAGAGACAUAAUCUGGCCGAUCAGGAUUGGAGGCAAUAUGUUUUGGUUAUUUGCUAUGGGGAUCAAGAGAGGCUGUUGGAAUUGAACGAAAAGCCUGUAAUCAUAUUCAAGAACUUAAAGCAACAGGGCUUGCAUCCAGCCAUUAUGUUAAGAAGAAGAGGGGAUUUUGAAGAAGUAGCAAUGACAAACGGAAGUGACAAUAUUACCCCUGGUGGAAGACUCUGA